UUUCGUGGAGGACUUUGUGAGAGCGCCAAACAACGGUCUGAGACUCCUGCUCACUCUGCUGAAAAACCUCCAGGCUUUGUCCUCCAACCCCACAGCAACCACCCCCCGGGCGGCACCCAAGGGGACGUUGAGGAUGGACGAAUACAAGAAGAAUAUGGUUGAUGAGCAAGACUGUCUUCUAUGUAUUAAAUACACUUUAAGGAUAAGGUCAGCUGUUGAAGAGAUCCUCGAAUACAACCCAGGCCUGUAUACGGUCGUCACGUGUCUGAUGAGCAACUACUCACGGUCUAGAAUCACAGCAUUAGAAAUCCUGACCCUGAUACUGACCGGCCCAACUUCAGUGGACAAGGUUCUGGACGCCUUCACAUCCAUGAGGAUCCACUUCGCUGAGAGCACCCGCUUCAAGAUCCUAGUCAACAUGAUGUACACCAGGGGCGUCUCCCAUGUUCUCUUUCAGGUGAGCUGUCUGAGGCUGCUCAACACCAUCCUCAACCUGUGCCGCUCCGCCAACAUGCGCGUGUUUCUACAAUAUGAGAUGGAGGAGGCGGGACUGGAUUUGACCCGUUUACAAGAGGUAACUUAA